UCCCCCCUCACCCCACCCCCCCUCUCUCUAGGGUUUAAUUUUGGUCCGAGUUGCCAGACCAGACUCUCAAUUCCUCCCCUCCUUCCACCAUGGGUUCGCUGCCUGAUCCAGGCGAGGUGACUAAUCCGCCGUCGCCGCCGCCGCCGCCGAGCUUCGACGAUUUCCAGCGCCAGACAUCUCUGAUGACGAGCUGUACUCUGCUCUGGAAGGAAUUGUCCGAUCAUUUCUCCUCUCUGGAGCAGGACCUCAUCAGGAAAUCGGAUGCGCUCAAGGCCAAAUUCCAGGCUCUGAACAGCGAGACUCAGCUCUCUCUCAAGGCUCUCGACACUCGCGAGUCAUCCAUUUCUAAAUCUAUGUCAAUUGCUUUCGAAGCGCUGGAGAGGACGACCAAGAGGUCCAUGUCCGAGAGCCAAACUGAGGAGCCGGAGGUCGAUGAUUCUGAAGGAUUGUUGAUGAAAUUGAAGAGUUUCUGCCAUAAAAUGGCUGCGAAGAAGUUCUGGAUCUUCGUUACCUCUCGGAAGAAGGAACUGGAGCUGUUCAGAUCGGAACUGCCCAAGGCUUUGGCUGAGUGCAUCGAUCCUCCGCGAUUCGUUUUGGAAGCAAUUUCCGAGGUUUUUCCUCUUAGCAGUGCUAGCAACAGUUACGAUUUGGGUUGGGCUUGCGUGUUGUUGUUGGAGUCCCUGAUUCCGGUCAUGGUGGAUCCCGUACUGGGGAAGGAGAGGAUGCUGGUGACUCCGACCAUUAAGGUGAAGGCUGAGGAGAUUGCUGAAACGUGGAAGAAGAGCCUGGAGGAGAGGGGAGGAAUUGAGAAUGUAAAAACGCCUGAUGUCCAUACUUUCCUGCAGCAUUUGGUGACUUUUGGAAUUGUAAAGGACGACGAUGUGGAUUUGUAUAGGAAGCUUGUUGUAGCCUCAGCGUGGAGGAAGCAAAUGCCGAAGCUUGCUGUUUCACUUGGCCUAGGCGAUACCAUGCCCGAUAUGAUUGAGGAAUUAAUUGGAAGAGGACAACAGGUUGAUGCUGUACAUUUUACGUAUGAAGUUGGCCUCACCGACCGAUUCCCGCCUGUCCCACUGCUGAAAGCCUUUCUCAAGGAUGCAAAAAAAGCCGCCACUUCGAUUUUGGAGGAUCCCAACAAUUCAGGCCGUGCUGCACACAUGGCGGCCAAGAAGGAGCAAUCAGCAAUCCGCGCAGUUCUCAAGUGCAUCGAAGAGUACAAGCUCGAGGCCGAAUUCCCCCCGGACAACCUCAAGAAACGCCUUGACCAAUUAGAGAAGGCCAAGAUUGAGAAGAAGAAACCGGCGAGCCCGGCCGCAAAAAGAACACGCGCCAACAACGGCGGCCCCAUGCCCCCGGCCAAGGCCGGCCGUUCGACCAACGCCUACGUCUCGUCCUUCCCGUCGCCCCCCACCUACAUGAGAUCCCCCCAGUACCCCCCCACCCCUGUCCCCGCAUACCCUGCAGUCCCAGCUGUGUACGGCCAUGGCAGCCGGAGCCCCCCCUUCGCCUACUCCCCCGAGGCCCCCCCUCCCCCGCCCCCCAUGGUCGGGUCCUACCCUGUGUCUCCGGUCAGCUUCCCCGCCCCCUACGGAGGGUACAGCAAUGGAAUGGCGCCGGCUUACCAGCAAGCUUACUACUGAUAGAGACGGGAUGACAAUGGGUCGAUUGCUUCGAAGGUAACUCUACUUACUGAUUACGGUAAAAUGUGGUUUCUGGGUCUGUAAUAUUCGACGUUGUACUAACCUUUUAACGGUAGCGGUUUUACGCCCCCCGCCAACCCCGAACCCCCCCCCCCCCCCCCACUUGUGUGUUAAUCCUUAUACUCUUUAAUUACUACUACGACUACUGCUACGAGUACCUUGACAUGGGCAGGCUGUAUUUUUCGUUUUCUGAUUGUUGAAAGACUUGUAGUA